AUGGCCCUCAGACCAUUUCAAGCUUCUUAUUACUCAAAUUCCGGUUUCUUAAACCAGCCCAGAAACAACGCAAACCUCCCUCCUGCAGGCCUUAUUAUCUCAAUCCCAGACGAAGGUGCCGAAUCCUGCAUAAAGCCCUCCCCUCCCCGUACCUCAACUCCCCCAAAUAUAAAAAAAUUCCGAAUAAGCUUCAAUGAAGAGCCUGGUGCUAAACAAAUUCACUAUGGAAUUGCUGAUGAUCCUCUCCCUCCAACAAAUUUCACAUAUGGCAAAAAAACCCACAGCUCUGACCACGUCCAUGACGUAAUUAAGCCAAAUACUCUCCAAGGCCUCACAGAAUUUGCUAAUAAAUUAAAAGAAGACAAAUAUGCUUCAAGCAAAAGAGAACCGUUAGGAAAAUCUAUGCUGAGAAAUUAUCAAAUGCCAAGCGCUGUAAAUGACCCUAAUUUUAAAUUUGGGGUAAAAACAGUUAACAGUGAAAGUGCUUAUUCAGUGAUUUUUCCAAAUAAUGAGAAAAAUACUGAAAAUGAUGAGGUGAGGAGGCUAUAUUAUAAGUCUCAUGGGGUAACUGAAGCGGGGGAGCAGAUAAAAAGGGAUUAUAGAUGGCCAGUUGAUAAAUAUGAGCAUAGAUUUGGCCUUCCUGACCCUAAGCAGCUUAAUGGGGCUGCAAUUUCAUUGCAGCCUGAAUGCUAUGGGAGUUCUCACCCGAAAACUGUCAUUGUACAGAAAGCCGUAGAAGAUUUUAGGGCAACCACACAUGAAGGACUUGGAAGACCUCGAAACUUAGGCCAAGGAAAGCCGAAUCUGCCUGAAGACCAUGCUUUUGGGGCUUCAAUUCAUAGAAGAAAUGAAUGGACUGCUAAACAAUGUAUACAUGGGCAGCCUAAUGAAAGAGAAGUACAGCCUGAUCCAGAUUUAGGGAAAACUAAUAGGUUUGGGUUUCGAAAUAUUGUAAAGGAAGGAGAUGAAGACAGACAAUUUGGCGUCCCUACAAUCAGGAAUGAUAUACCUAAAAAAGCAUUUAAAUCAGUAGCAGACCCAAAUAAUAAAUUUUUUUUUAAAUUAAAUUUUAUUUAAAAAUAAUUUUUGGUAAUUUUUUGGAUCCACAAAUAAUUAUGGAGACGAAGCUUCAGCUGUGCAGCUGCUUUACCCUGAUUUUUGGCUUCGAUAUGGGAUCUCUCCAGAUGAAUUCAAAAGAGAAAGGCCUAAAGAAGAAAUCAAAGACUUAUUCGAAUCUGCUGGUCUAGAAAUAAAACGUGGGAAAUUUGAAGCAGUCUCUUCAAAAGCAAUCCAAUUUUAUAAAUCUCUGUCUUUAGAAUCCUUUAUACACGCUUUAAGGUGGUAUGAGUCUCAAGGACUAUUUUAA